AUGACAGCAGCCAUGAGAGACGAGACUAGGGUAGAAAUCGACACCCAGCAUAGCCCAGGCAUCUUGAAACGGCUUGUCAGUCGCGUGCGCAAUAACAGCUCCAGCAAUAGCAGCAGUAGCGGCAACAGCAGCAGCAGCAACGACUAUGCUGCCCGCAAGCCGUCCACCAGCCCCGUUCGACGAGGCACCGUCGACAGCGACGACAGCCAAUGCGACCCCAAGUGCAAGCGCCUCACGCCCAGCCCACACUCCAAGCCGAAGCCUCAGCAGAAACCGAGCAAGCCGCAGAAGCAGCAUCACCAGCCCACUACCGCCAUUCCCUACAGCCGCAGCGGAUACGCGCCGGCCCCCAAGAAGAAGUCCGUCUCGUCCGCCUCGUCCGGCCACAGCGCCGAGAUCGCCCUGUCGCGGGAGCUAUGGGACGAGGCGUACGACGCCCUGCGGCUCGACCCCAGCACCAAGAGCCUCGUCGUGACCUACGAGGCCAUCAUCUCCCAGGAGCUAUCGGAUGACCUGAAGUUGGCCACCCGCUCCACCCUGUCUCCGCCCGGCGGGGAUACCAACCGCCGGAUGGAGCUCAUGAGUGCCAUUACCAGGGCAGGGCUGAGCAAGCGCAAGGGCAGCAAGCCCAGCCAGGCCGACGACGUCCCCAAGAUUCUACUCGACAGCACCAGGCGCACCGUGGAGACGGCUUGGGACGAGUACCCCUCUGCCGCCCUGGCCUGGUCUGGGCUGUCCAUCCUCACUCCUUUACUGAUCGACCCGAUUCUACGUCACGACGAGUUCCGAAAGGGCAUGGUCCACGUCAUCGGCCGGAUCCAUUGGUACAUGCACCUCACCUACCUCCUGCAGUGCCCGUCGUGGCACGACGCCGAGGACCUCGCCGCGCGGCAGGACGAGCUGGCGGCGCGGCGCACGCGGGCGCGCGAUGAGGUGCUCCGGCUGUACAGGCGGGUGCUCGAGUUCGAGAUGAACUGCGUGUGCGCAUCGGCGAGCGCGUGGAACUCGGCGGCGCGGCACAUGGUGCGGUGGAACUCGCUGGACAAGCUCAACGAGAGCAUCGUGGAGGCGGACGGCAAGGUGAGGCGGCUGGUCGAGGAGUUGGUCGUGGAGGGGGCGAUGAGGACCCGGAUGCUGGCCUGGGAGGCGGAUCUGGACCUGGACGCGCUGGUGGUCAAGACGGCCAUGCAGGAGGAGGAGAGGCGGAUGAUGGAGGAGCGGCGAGGGGAGGAGCAGUCUCGGGACGCAUAG